AUGACUGCUUUUAAUCCCCUUACUGCCAUUCUUACCCAAAACAAACUUGAGGGUCCAAAUUAUGUUGAUUGGAAACGAAAUUUGGAUAUUGUUCUAAUUGCUGAAGAGUACAAAUUUGUGCUCGAUGAGGUGUGUCCAGAAAAACCUGGAGAUGAUGCCACAGAUGAUGAACAGAAGGCUUACCAGAAAUGGAUUAAGGCUGAUGAGAUGGCGCGGUGUUACAUUUUGGCAUUCAUGUCGAAUGUUCUACAACAUCAGCAUCAGUCGAUGGAGUCUGCUUAUGACAUUCUGGAAAAUCUCAAAGAAAUGUUCGGAGAUCAGAAUCGUGCGGCUAAGCAGACUGCCAUGAAAGCCCUUCUGAAUACCAAAAUGGUUGAAGGUUCAUCGGUCAGGGACCAUGUUCUGAAGAUGAUGAGUCUUCUGAAUGAACUGGAGGUCCUUGGAGCUAACAUUGAUAAGGACACGCAGGUUGAAAUGAUCCUGCAGACUUUGCCUGACAGUUUUCAGCAAUUUCGCCUGAAUUAUAACAUGAACAAAAUGGAUUUGUCAACUUCUUCCUCAUUGUAA